AUGGCCAGACUAAAUGAGCCAGCGCUCUCCACAGCAGAGAGCAUCGAACUUCUUCGAAGGAAGAUGCUUCGCCAAAAUAGAGAACUUGCUAAGAGCAACCACUCCAGUCAGGCUCGCACUCGCGAGCUUGAACGCGAGCUACAACAAUCAAAAGCCGAGAUUUUUGAGCUGCGCCAGCGUAUCAUCGAGCUCGAGCACGAAGCCCAGGAAAACAAUGCACGCCGAAUCGUCGAAUAUGCCCUUACAGUCAAGGAGAAACUUAUAUCCCACCUCGCGGAAUGGGGCACCCUCGUCACAAGCCUCGGACUCGAGGCCCCUAUCAGCCCAACCUCACCACAAUUUGCAGCUGUGACUCAGAGAGCGAGCUUUGUCGAUACUCGCCCAACUCCUUCACAACGACGUCAUUACACUCAGGAUGUUGCCUCCGUUGUUGAGCAACUCGGGAACAUCGCCGAGGACAACACGUUCUUGCGCGAGUCCGCGAGUGCCGACCUGUUUCAGGCACUAUCAGAAGAAGAGGAUGAACGCACUACUGAGCAGCUUCCUCCUGCCCCUAUCAACGACCGAGAGCCGGCCAAGACUGACACCCCGCCACGCGAAGCUAGAGCACGCAACUUCUCUAGCAACCUCGAUUCUUCACCGCUAGUCGUGUCGUCGCCAGAUCUUGAUAGACUCUGCAUCAGGCCUACAUCGUCUACCACCAUUAUGACACCGAUGAUUAGAGAAAGUCGAGUUCAUAAGGACCCCACCUCAGACACGCCUAUUAUUCUUCCCAUUAAGACGGGGUCGAAGCGCAAGUACAGCAGAAAUCAAUAUGAGCCCAUGACGCUGGAGAAGGUUACGGAUGAGAAUCUACUUCCCCAAACUCAUGCUCAAGGGGUUACUUUGCUUGAGAAGUCCCGCGGCAAGACGCUCAGGGAGCUCACCAAUGAAAAGCGAGAAGCUGCACGUGCCAAGGCAGACGCUGCUCAGAGUCAGAGAGUGCCACUGGGAAAAAAGAGCACAAACGAUGAUGUGCAGUCGCCCAAGAAGCGAAAGAAAACCAACGAGGAGUCUCCGAAGAAGUCUAAAACAACGCACUGCGAGCAAUCGCCCAAGAAGCGCAAAACAACCAGUGAGCAGUCGCCAAAGAAGCUCAAAACAGCACUGAGCGAGGGUUUGCCCAAAAAGCACAAAACAACACCCAACGAGGAUGGUACCGACAAGAUCAGUCGAUCUUUUAUACUUAGCCGUGAGGAAAGGAAGCUCGCCCAGGAAGCAAGGAUUCAGGAAGACGCACCGGCUCCCAACGAGGAGGGUACCGACAAGACCGUUCGAUCUUUUAUACUUAGCCGUGAGGAAAGGAGGCUCGCCCAAGAAGCAAAGGCUCAGGAAGACGCACUGGCUCAGGAAAAACUGGCUCAAAAGAAUAUGGCCCAAGAAAAACUGGCGCAGGAAACGGUGGCUCAAGAAAAGGUGGCUCAGGAGGCACGCAUUGAGAGGCACAGAAGAAAUAGGUCAUCUCUGAGCUACGCUGAACCCAGCCUCAAGGUCAAACUGAGGCGUUCAGUGAGCUGA